AUGAAAUACGCAACAGUGUUUAUCCUAUGCAACCUUUGCUUUUACUUUCAAAAAGCUUGGGGGAUAUUUCUAAACAAUAAUUUGUUUUUAAAUAAAAAAAAAGGUGUUUCAUUAUGCGAUUAUGGCAAUUCAGUUAAAAAAAAUGAAGAACAUAAUUUGGCUCGAAAAAGGUAUAUGCUAGGAUUAAUUAAUUUGUAUAAGCAUACUGAUGGAAAUUCAAAAAAAGAAAUAAAAUCAUCACCAAAAAAAAGUCGUCUAUUCUUUCUACCAAAUAGUGUAAGGUCUACAAACCGACGAGAAACAAAUGGAUCAUUGUUUUAUCAAAAUGAUAAGGAAAUAAAAAAAAUGAAUAAAAAUCGAAAAAUCGGAAAUAGUAAUAGUAAAAAUGUAUUAUAUGCAGAAAAUUAUAAAAUAAAUUUAACUGAAAAACCAAUAAUUGAAGAAGUGCCAAGAAAUGUAAAAGGGAGACUUAAUGAAUGGAUACCCGAGUUUGAUGAAAAUAAUACAUUAGGUUUUUUUCCAAUUUUGUUAGAGGAAAUGUCUAAUGAGCCAUCACCACUUCAAAUAGGUUUUGAAGAUUAUAUGCAAUUUAAUGGUGAAAAUGUUGAAGAAAUAUUUAAAAAUAUGACAAGAGAAGUUAAUAUAAAUGGUGAACCUAAAAAAAUAUUUGGUAUGUGUUUUUUUAAUCAUAAAACCGGAGCAUUAGCACCAUUAGCUGUUUAUGCAGAAGUUAAAGAUGUUACAAAAGUUGGAAAUAAUUUAGCAGUUAAAGGGUUAGUACGUGGUCGUGUUAUUAUUGAUGAGAUUAUAAAUCAAGAGCCAUGUAUUUUAGGGAAAAUUUCACCUAUAGAAGAUAAAAAAGGUUUGAUGGAUACAGAAGAAAGUUUAAAAAUAGUUGAUGAAAUUAUUCGAAUACAUGGACAAUGUACUACUAUGGAAUCGCAUUUAAUGGAACAAUUAGAUCAAUCAUUUGCAUCUAUGAAUAUUAAAUUAAGAAAUGAUUUAAAAGAAUCUAUAGAUGCAAAAUUAGAAAAAUUUCAAAUUGAUCCUUCCGAUGUAGAACAAAAACAAGCUUUUAUUCAAAUGGCAUCUUUUGCUGCUUUUGAUUUCCAUCUAAUGAUAGUUGAUAGAUAUGAUGCUCUUAUGUUACAAAAUUCAGAGGACAGACUAAGACUAGUACGUGAUAAAAUUAGACAAAAACAAAAACAGCUAGCUAUUAUUAAAAAUACUCCAAAAGAAAAAUUACAAGAAAUUCUAGAGCAAGUACAAAAUAUUAAAAAUCAAAAUAUACCUCCCCCAAAUCUUCCAAAACCAUAA